CCGUUGUCGAGUGCAACGAACAUCAUCCGCCAACGACCGUCGAUACGCCGACAUCAAGAUGGUCAACCUUCGCACCCAGAAGCGCCUCGCCGCCUCCGUGGUUGGCUGCGGCAAGCGCAAGAUUUGGCUCGACCCCAACGAGAUGAGCGAAAUCUCCAAUGCCAACUCCCGCCAGACCAUCCGCAAGCUCGUCAAGGACGGCCUCAUCAUCCGCAAGCCCGUCACCAUGCACUCCCGUUCCCGUGCCCGUGAGCUCAACGCCGCCCGCCGGAUCGGUCGUCACCGCGGUCUGGGUAAGCGCAAGGGUACCAAGGAGGCCCGUAUGCCCAGCUCCCUCCUCUGGAUGCGCCGCAUGCGUGUCCUCCGCCGUCUCCUCGUCCGCUACCGUGCCGCCGGCAAGAUCGACAAGCACCUCUACCACGAGCUCUACCACCUCUCCAAGGGUAACACUUUCAAGCACAAGCGUGCCCUGAUCGAACACAUCCAAAAGGCCAAGGCUGAGAGGCACCGUGAGCGCAUCCUCAAGGAGGAGAUGGACGCUAAGCGUGCCAAGAACAAGGCUCUCCGUGAGCGACGACAGGAGCGUCUCGAGGCCAAGCGCAACGCUCUUGUUGGCGAGGAGCAGGAGUAAACGCUUUGAUUUUCUUUCCUUCAUUGACGGGAUUUGGCGGUGCGGAUGUUUGAACUGGGGAAUCGAUCAGCCCAAGAGAUAUCAUUUCAGAUCGACCACAUCGCUCGUUUCCACAUUCCAGGUUCGACUCGGUGGGAUAUUUGCAUCCGGGAUACCCUGGGACUGGGUUCGGGAACAGGGAAAAGAACUCUUUUCUUCUUUCUUUCUCUGGUGAAAAGUGGAUAGAGGGAGGAGAAGACGGUAUAUGGAAACGAGGGGAAAGGAAUGAAAAAAAUAUGAACAAGGAUUUCUUCUACAAAUCAAUGGCAUGGCGCUUUGUGUGUGAUAUGGCAACUUGGAUUGAUUGCAUUCUACCGUCUUCCCCGCCCGCCAACCUG